AUGUUGCGCUCUUUCGGGAAGAUGAUGAGCGGGGUGUCGAAACGUGGAAAGGGCCGGAGUCAGGAGGAGAAAGGAGAUGAUGCACAGGAUGCAUCGAGUACUAUAUCGCGCGACUCGUUCUCGUCCGUGCGCCAGGGUGAUGGCGCGGAAGGGAGCAGCAGCAUGGAGGCAACGCCGCCUCCUCCCACCUCGGCGACCGCCAGCGCUGCAGAGACGCCGACGAUUGCGCGCAACAACCGCACGCGCACAAACAAGACGCCGGCGAUGCCGUCCGUCGAGCUGCCGAGCCCGAGCCUGGAUGAAGCCAAAGACAGUCCCGAGCCGGGCGCGACUCGGCCCGAAGGCUCGCAGCCGACGCUCGCCGUGCCCCAAGGCCCCAAGAAGUCGUCCAGCGGGCCGGUGCGCUCGCCGGACCCCCGCUCGGGCGCAGUGCCGAUCGGGACGUGGCCGUCGAGCUCUCCGGGGCCGAACUCGUUCACGGGCGCCUCGCCGAUGUCGACGAGCGUGCAGAGCGCGGAUGGUGUCAAGACCUUUGACAUUGACGAUAUGAUUGCGCGUCUGCUUGAGGCUGGGUACUCGAGCAAGAUGCCCAAGCCCGCGCUCAAGGUGCCCGAGAUCAUGGCCGUAUGCCAAGCGGCACGGGAAGUGUUCCUCAGCCAGCCGACGCUGAUCGAGCUGAGUCCCCCGGUGAAGAUUGUUGGCGACACGCACGGGCAGUACCAGGACUUGCUGCGCCUGUUUGACAUGUGCGGCUUCCCCCCGUCCUCCAACUACCUGCUGCUUGGCGACUAUGUGGACCGUGGCAAGCAGUCGCUCGAGACGAUUCUGCUGCUGCUCUGCUACAAAAUCAAGUACCCCGAAAACUUUUUCCUGCUGCGCGGCAAUCACGAAUGCGCCAACGUGACGCGCGUCUAUGGCUUUUACGACGAAUGCAAGCGGCGCCUCAACAUCAAGAUUUGGAAGACGUUUAUCGACGUGUUCAACACGCUCCCCAUCGCUGCGAUCGUCGCUUCCAAGAUCUUUUGUGUGCACGGCGGCCUCUCUCCCUCGCUCUCCAACAUGGACGACAUUCGGCGCAUCGAGCGCCCGACCGGCGUGCCGGACUAUGGCCUGCUGAACGACCUCUUGUGGAGCGACCCGAGCGACACGGCACUCGACUGGGAGGAUAACGAGCGCGGUGUGAGCUACUGCUUCGGCAAAGCCGUCAUCCAGCAGUUCCUGGCCCAGUACGACUUUGACCUGAUCUGCCGCGCACACAUGGUCGUCGAGGACGGCUACGAGUUCUGGAACGAACGCACGCUCGUGACCAUCUUCAGCGCACCGAAUUACUGCGGCGAAUUCGACAACUUUGGCGCUGUGAUGAGCGUGUCGGAGGACCUUUUGUGUGCUUUUGAACUGCUAAAGCCGCUCGAUGGACCGGCGCUCAAGAAAGAGAUGGCCAAAAAUAAGCGCAGGAGUCUGCAGCAACAACAACAACAGACUCAGUCGCCCACAAUGCGAACCACCUGA